AUAUGGCAACCCUAAAUAGGUGAAUGAAGGAAUUUUGAAGAAAUAGAAAGAAGUCACUAAUUUAUGCGAGACAGCGUCUUUAUUUUGAGAUUCAAUUGCUUAACUAUUUGUGAUACUUUCGAAAUAAUACGCGGUGCCCUUGUACAACAAAUCUAAGUUGGUGUACAGGGUCCAAAUUUUAGAAUAAUAAAUUGUAACCAAGUGAUCGUAGUGUAAUUAAACUUCAAAAUGGGUGAUCAACAAUUUUUCCUGAAAUGGAACGACUUCCAGACUAAUAUGGUGACAUCUUUUAGGCAUUUGAGAGAUGAGAAAAGCUUUACAGACGUGACGUUAGCGUGUGAGGGCCAGACAUGUAAGGCACAUAAAAUGGUUCUGUCUGCAUGUAGUCCCUACUUCAAAAGCUUAUUAGAGGAGAAUCCAUCAAAGCACCCGAUAAUAAUCCUGAAGGACGUGUCGUACCUCCACCUGCAAGCUAUCCUGGAGUUCAUGUACGCUGGGGAAGUCAACGUCUCCCAAGAACAGCUGCCCGCCUUCCUCAAGACAGCAGCUCGGCUUAAGGUGAAAGGCCUAGCCGAACCCCCACCACAGAUGCCAAGCAUCAAGCGGGAAGGCUAGCCCUAGUGCAAGCAAGUGCAAAGACUAUAGUGACCUACGUAUCACCUACACACACAUGUAACAUUACUCACACACCUCACACACACAUACACAGGUUAGUUAUUCACUCACAUGUUUGUUGAUAGAGACGGAAAUGGUACAGGGUGUGAUAGGAAUUUAAUGUUUAACUUUUGCUGGUGUUAGUUUGGGUAUGAAAGUUUUGAUUUAGUAGUUUUGGGUUAUAGUAGAAAAAUGUAAGUUUUGUUUAUUUUCACACACUACUUUAUGAUUGUUGAGAGUCGCGUUAAUUUCUGUGGGAAGAUCAUUUUUUUUAUUUCUUAAAGUACUAUUAAAUUAAAACUGAAUUUUGUUUUUUGUCAUGGCUUAAACUAACAUCUGCAUUGUCUUACAUUUUUAUUACACCUUGUAUAUAGCAAUGAGUAAGUAAGACUAUAGAACUUCUAUACAUACUUCUUAUGAGUGAAAGAGAUGGCGAUACAUAUGUAUAGCGUUGUCUCUUUUCCUAUAAGGAGCAAUCUUAUUCUAUAAGGAGUAAAGUUGAUUUUCCUUUCAAUGAAAAAGUCUUGCAAGCUCAGUGCUAGUAUUUCUAGUUUCAUACAUAACCACUCUAACGUCCGGCCCGCGCGACCGUUUAUCUCUCUAACGUCCAGCCGCGCACGGCAUCCGAACCGCGCGCGACUCGCAAGUUCGUCGUAACAAAAAACCUAUAUAGCUACUGAACCGUAAUGCCUAGAAUAAAGAAAAGAAUACCAAAAAAAAGAUUGAAGAAUACUGAUCAAUCUUAACGAUUUUUUUAAAUCUUUAGUUAAUCUUUAAAAUACAAUAAAACGGGUUAAACAUGAAACACAGAAAAAAAACAGAAUUAUUUCUACCUUUUUAGAAUAUACGGCACAACUAUUGCAUAUUUUAUCAAUAAAAUAUUUUUACAACAAACUAGACUCAUUACCCUUUCUUUUGAUGUAUAUAUGAUUAUAUUCGGUUAACUCUAAGUAUUGUAAUUAAAUCGAAAGAAAACACUACUCGUAAUUUUACACAUCAAAAAACCUGAGGAACACAUUGACAUUAUUAUGGAAUCUUCAAUGAAUUUAGUAUAUUUCUCUUUGAAAAAUAUAUUAUUUUGCUUAUUACGAAAUGUAUUUCGAUAUUUUAUAUACUAUUGUAAUGCAAAGUAUGUAAAAUAUGUAUAAACAAAACUAAAAGUGGCCAACACCAGACCGGCCAUUUUUUUCGAAACAACAAUCGUUUGAAGUUAAAAUUAGACUAGAUUUAUCAGCUAAAACUGUGAUAUUUAUACAUCAUCGUAAAGCACAAAUCUUCUAGUUUAUUUUGAUGUAUAACACUUGCAAGAUGAAUUAAACAAAACUGUAGUAUUUACGACAUAAUUGUUGGAACUCACAAAAACACUUCAAAAACGAGUCAACUAACUUUAAAAAAUUAUAUUUUGUUUGUCAAAGCAUAUUACAACGCCAUGUCUUAUUUUUUCGUCGAACAAUUUAUUCAGCUGUAUAGAUAAUCAGUCAAAACUCACCAAACAAGACCGUAUUUUAAACUAGAGGGAGUUAAACAGAACUCGUCACCUUGGAAACUAUAGUAUCCAUGGACGUAUGACGCUCCUUUUUUUUUGGAUACCGUGCUAUCCAUGGACGUUAGAGUGGUUAAAGUGCCUGGUAAUGUAUUUAUUACAAAAUAUUUCAAACUUUCCAAUUUGACUAAAUUACCUAAAUUAGUUUACCUAAGUAGGAAAAAUACAUGACUUCUGUGUUGUAAAUUGGUUAAAUAAAAAAAAUAUCACUUAUUUCACAUUAAAAUGUGACUAUUAUCAACUCAUUCGACGUUAAAAAUCUUGCCAUUAUUAAAAAUAUAUAUCCAAAUAUAAUUCUAUUUUCUUUUGCCAUCUAGAGUUGUGCCUUAACUAAUAAAUUAGUGGUUUUGUGCCUACAAAUAUUUAAAACAAACAUGUGAGUGAAUAUUUACUAAAAAAUGUAAUUUGAAUAGUAACAAAGAUAAAUAAUUCCCAUAUUGCAACACUAACUUUCGACCAGUGUUGUCAAUGACAAAAUAAUAUAGUAAAAAUAUAUAUUUACUUAGAUAAAUAUAAUACAGAUUAUAAUAAAGAAAUAUAUACUUAACAGUUUUUAAGCAUUGGUCAGCCAAUAACAGCCAAUGUUUGCCCAAACAUUUGACUCAUAAAAAUAGGUUUAUAAAAAUGUUGGCCAAACCAUUGGCGUUGGUUAACCAAUGUUCUAAAUUGCCCCGCCAAACCAAAUUCCUUUUUUAAAAAUUUGACAGCACUGGCUCAGACAACAAACUCAUUCAGCCUCUUUACUUUUUUUUUACAAAAGAGUUUUGCACCGCUUUUCAUAUCACAUUGAAUCUGGUUUGUCCAGGAUCUCAUCUGAUUUGGGUGUUUUUUUUUUAUUUGUUUAUGUAUAAGUAUGUAAGAAAUCCGUUUGACUAGUGUUUCAUUAUGCAGAAUGUGUUUCAUUGUAAUAUUAAAUACUUUUUUUGUGCUUCGGCAAUUUGCGUUUGGAAGCUACAUAAAAACAGCUAAAUUAUACCUUAUCCUUUAUAGAAUAAGGUGGUAAUUGCUUCGAAUGCGAGUUGCUGAAGUACUAUAAAUAGUUCGUAUCUCCACUCAUACGUUGGUAUGGUAGCGUCCGAUCACUUCUUGGUAACAAAUCCGUCUUUUUUCCGUAAGUUACCUAACGACCAAAGUAAUUUAGUAUUUAAUAACACACACCCCUUGCUUACCCUCCAACGGGGAGAGGAAAUGUGCUCUGAAAGAGAAAGAGUGUGUUAGAAAGAGAUGGCAAACUUAAAAGAAAAAAUUGUUAGACAUUUCUUGAAGCAUAAAACUUAGAUUUUGAGAAAAGGUUGCUUAAUAAUGACCUACUAUGUUAAUAUAUGUUGUUUUUAUUAAUAAAUAAAUAAUUUUCUCUCAUAUCAAAAUUAGAUUCGUAACUACAUCAAACAAUUUUCAACCUUAUAACUUUCAUACUUGAGCACAUUUCCCCUCGCACCCGUUAGAUGAUCACGAACCAAGAAUAAGUGCGCUCCCAUAUCAAUGUCUUAGACUAUCCACUACCAAUGGUUGCCUUACAGAUGAUUAGUAAUUACAAUACAGUAUGAAUAUCGACUCCCGAUCAAGUACAGCUUAAACUGAAACCUUUCGAGCAUGAAAAUUGACAUUUUUUUGCUAUUUCGGGUCGAUAUUCAUACUGAAUUGUGCUCUAUGUAUGUGUAACUACAAUGCUUCUAGAUAUAUUAGAUGUAUGUUGGUUUUCUGUAUAAAAUACACCGUAAAUAAAACCUAUUAGAAACUUCUUUACGUCAAACUAUAGAUACAGGCAGAUAAGAGGUCUAUAACCACUCUAACGUCCGGCCCGCGCGACCGUUUAUCUCUCUAACGUCCAGCCGCGCACGGCAUCCGAACCGCGCGCGACUCGCAAGUUCGUCGUAACAAAAAACCUAUAUAGCUACUGAACCGUAAUGCCUAGAAUAAAGAAAAGAAUACCAAAAAAAAGAUAGAAAAAUACUCUACAAUCUUAACGAUUUUUUUAAAUCUUUAGUUAAUCUUUAAAAUACAAUAAAACGGGUUAAACAUGAAACACAGAAAAAAAAAACAGAAUUAUUUCUACCUUUUUAGAAUAUACGGCACAACUAUUGCAUAUUUUAUCAAUAAAAUAUUUUUACAACAAACUAGACUCAUUACCCUUUCUUUUGAUGUAUAUAUGAUUAUAUUCGGUUAACUCUAAGUAUUGUAAUUAAAUCGAAAGAAAACACUACUCGUAAUUUUACACAUCAAAAAACCUGAGGAACACAUUGACAUUAUUAUGGAAUCUUCAAUGAAUUUAGUAUAUUUCUCUUUGAAAAAUGUAUUAUUUUGCUUAUUACGAAAUGUAUUUCGAUAUUUUAUAUACUAUUGUAAUGCAAAGUAUGUAAAAUAUGUAUAAACAAAACUAAAAGUGGCCAACACCAUACGACCGGCCAUUUUUUUCGAAACAAUCGUUUGAAGUUAAAAUUAGACUAGAUUUAUCAGCUAAAACUGUGAUAUUUAUACAUCAUCGUAAAGCACAAAUCUUCUAGUUUAUUUUGAUGUAUAACACUUGCAAGAUAAAUUAAACAAAACUGUAGUAUUUACGACAUAAUUGUUGGAACUCACAAAAACACUUCAAAAACGAGUCAACUAACUUUAAAAAAUUAUAUUUUGUUUGUCAAAGCAUAUUACAACGCCAUGUCUUAUUUUUUCGUCGAACAAUUUAUUCAGCUGUAUAGAUAAUCAGUCAAAACUCACCAAACAAGACCGUAUUUUAAACUAGAGGGAGUUAAACAGAACUAGUCGCUUUGGAUACUAUAGUAUCCAUGGACGUAUGACGCUCCUUUUUUUUGGAUACCGUGCUAUCCAUGGACGUUAGAGUGGAUAAUAUAUUUAUUUUAAAUUGUAAUUCGAAAUUCAAAUUGCGCAUUUGAAUUUGGAAUACAGAUUGACAGGUUAAAAUCAGUGUUGCCAGAGCUUAUACAUUAAAAUUACUUUUUUUGUUUCAAAAUGAAAUUAUAUAUUUUUAUUUUUCUGUCUACUAUAGUUUGACGUAAUUAUGUAAUACACUUGUCAUAUGAAUAUGUCUAAGCGACGCAACAUAGUAUAUGUUUUUAGCUGAUUUCCAAGUUACUUUCCAAGCUUUUUAUACUUUUAAUUUAAUCCUUACUUUAAAUGUAUGAAUGAAUUUUAAGAUUUGAAUCUUACAAACGUAUGUACUGACAAUUCAAAUGAAAUAUUUGAUUCACCAUUCUUUUAAAAGAUAUAUAUUUUCGUGAAAAUAUCAACAUAUUGAUAUAACUGAUAUUUACAACUUGACACAAUGUAAAAUAUGGACAUUUUGGUGACGCCAUUUUGUCCAAACGGCCAUUCGUAUUGGCGCAGAAUUCAAAACGUCAAUCUGAAAUGUUUAACAUAGCAAAUUCAGCCUUAUCACUGCAAAGUAAAGAUCAUUUUCCUUCUAUGAUAAAAAUAAACGCGCGAAUUCGAUCGUCUUGCGUUUUGUCUCUAAAGGAAUAAUGUGCUUUAUUUUAAUCCUGAUAAAGGUGAAUUUGCUGUGUCAUUUGACGGUUUAACUGUGCUAAUAUGAAUUGAUCCUAAUUGUUUUAUCUUGUGUUGAUUUGUAAAUACUGUUUCGGUCCCAUUUUUGGCAAUAUUUUAGAAUGAAAUAGGUGCAAUUUUUACUUUGACAGCGUGUUUAGAAAUAUUGUUUUUAAUGUAUUCUGUAAAGCAAUAAUAAUCUUCUAUAUAGAUAUAUUUUACAAACCAAAAACCAAUCGAUCAUAAGAUAUAUAAUAUAAAUAAAUAGUAUUUAUUAGAUAACUGCAAAAAUAUGUACAAAGUAAAACGGUGUGAAAAGAAUUCAAAGGGGUGAAUAAAAGUUGGGAAAAUAUUGUAACAUCUAUUCACUCUUUUCCUGUAAUUAUUCACCCUUUGAAUUCUAUUCACUUCGUUUUAUGGUAUUAAUAAUAUUUGUUUUUCAAAAUGAAAUAGUAUAAAAUUACUACGACACAGUCAGUUAAAUGAAAUAAAUAAGUAAAAAGGGAAUAUAAUUAUGUAUAUACAUUUUUCGUUAAUUAUUUUAUUUCAAAUGUUAUAUCGGACUAAAGUAUGCACCAAUAUUUCUAAAGCAUGCUGUUAGAAAGCUAGUUUAAGUCGAAUUUUUCAUUUAAGUUCUUUUAUACUUGAUUUCAGCACAAAUUUUCUCAUUUAGUUCUCCUCUUCAUGUAAAAUCAUUUCAAAUAUUUUAAUGACAAUCAGUUCCUUCAAGUUUAUAGACAAGCAUUUUAAAGAUGGCUGCCUUAUAUCUUUUUUCUAAUUCCUCCCGCCCCACAGAUAUGUAAUUCAGUGUUAAUAGUUAGAGAUUGAUGUAAAAAUGUAAAUCUGAUAUUUUUAGACGACAAAGUAAAUAGUAUGUGCUGAAUAAUCACGUGGUAACUAGGUGUAAUGAUUGAAUUAUGAAAGAUUUGUAAUUUUAGAUAAUACAGAUUAAUUAAAAUA